UUGAAACAAAAAAUCCGGGACCGGAGCUCCACGAAUCCGUAAUUUUCCUUUCUGAUACAAUCCGGAUCCAGACCCGGAUUUUUCGGCCAAAACAUGUUUUGUCGUUUCUGCGUCUAAAUAUAGCAGGCUGAGGGAGUGUGUUUUGUUGUUCUUACAAGAGCGGAUACUCCUGCGAAAUUCAAGGGGUUUCCAAGAUUAAUUGCUCGAAUAUUUUUGGGAAUUUUCUCAUCUUUUCAAAGCUGCAAUCACUCUGAAAUAAAUCGAAGUAUUUCAUAGGUAUUAAAAGGAGACAGCUAAGAAGACCCAGAAGAGCAGCUGCAAGAGAACACACUGCUUGGGAGUUGAGAGUAGAGGGUAAAAAAGGUAAUUGAAGAAAGAGAAGAUGUUUGCGUGCAUAGCUUGUACGAAGCAAAUGGCAGAGGACGGAGGAGAGGAAGGUGGAGGUGCGCGUGGCACUGACACUCCUAGGACUAAAGAAGCCGUCAAAAGCCUUACCACUCAGAUUAAAGGCGUGGCAUUGAAGUUCUCCGGUGCUUAUCAGCAAUGCAAGCCUUGCACAGGCUCUAGCAGCUACAAGAAAGGACAGCAACCUUCAGAAAGGGUUCCUCACGGCUCAAGCUCAACUCCUGCUUUGGAUUUUACAAGUGAAAGUCACCACCCAGGUGCACAAUUUGAGUCGAGAUUUACCGGAUCAUUUGGUGGUGACCGAACACCUGGUGGAACAGAGGCAUGUGAUGUUGUACUAGAGGAUGAGGAUGGUCCCAAGGAGUGGAUGGCACAAGUUGAACCAGGCGUUCACAUAACCUUUGUAUCUCUUCCUCAAGGGGCCAAUGAUUUAAAGCAAAUUCGUUUCAGCCGGGAUAUGUUUGAUAAGGCGCAAGCGCAACUAUGGUGGGGAGAGAAUUACGACAGAAUUAUGGAGCUCUACAAUGUUCAAAGAUUUAAUUGCCAAUCACUUAACACUGCCUCUAGGUCAGAGGAUGAGUGGACACCAAGGAACCACUAUAAACCCACUGGAAGUAAAGGGUAUGAUGCUAGAACAAGUGCUUGUGCUUCUGGAGGUCCGAGAGGAGAGUAUUGUAUGGAUGCUUCAAGGACAACAACCUCAUCAAGAGAUGAGGCUUCAGUCUCUGUAAGCAAUGCCAGUGAGGUGGAGACACAAUGGGUGGAGCAAGAUGAGCCUGGAGUGUACAUCACCAUCACACAAUCAAUGGAUGGCACUAGGGAACUCCGGCGAGUCAGGUUCAGCCGAGAGAAGUUUGGGGAAGCGAACGCAAAACGGUGGUGGGAAGAUAAUAGAGAGAGAAUACAAGCGCAAUACCUUUAGAAAUAUGACCUGUACUUUACACAGCCGACUCCUCCAGUUUUGUGUCUUUUUGAGAUGAAGUCCUUACGAAUACACAUCUUCUUAGUAACAUCAUUAUUUCACUAAAGAGUGGCAGAGUGCAGAAUCAUCUUCAUCAUUUGUGGUGCUUCAAUCUCCAUUUUUUUUUUUUGUCUGCUGGAAGAACGUUAUCAUUGGGUUUACUCUGCGAAAAUACGUUCAUAGAAACGAAACUGGAAUCAUUUGCGGGUUAUUUGUUUGAAUUAUAUGUUUAUUUUAUUGAUA